GGAUGGAUCAGUUGGCGUUUGGUGUGGUUGCGGCAUUCAAUGAUCAGAUGCCUGACCCAACCUCCCCCCUCUACACAUGGCCGGGAGAUCUGCUAACUCCUGAUGUCAUAUUCUUCCUCAAUCUACCUUCACACAAUCGCAAAAACAUGUUCAAAGAAAACGACACAUUAACGUUCAGAUCCAGACUGAUACAGUACUACCGCAACUGGAAAGGGACGCCUCCUAUAGUAGAGAUCAACAACACCAACGUUCACCGAGACGUCACCAACAUCAUGAUGGGUUACAUAGAGAGAAGACUGAACUACUGGAGACAUCUAGAGCCUCCACCUCCUAUGUAUCCGGUCGGCAACGACAUGGGCUACAGAUAACACAUCACUAUGAGCAAAUAAAAAUGA